CAAUAGAGACCAAAAACCUACCUUUUCUGGUUCCAUAAAAUGAUCAGGUUAUGGGAACUGCGUUCAGUAGCAUUUGCUAGGGCAGUCUUUGCAGAAUUCUUCGCUACUCUUUUAUUUGUUUUGUUUGGAUUAGGGUCAGCCUUACACUGGCCAGGGACAAGUCUAAAUGUGCUACAGAUUGCCUUGGCCUUUGGCCUUGGUAUAGGUACUUUAGUUCAGACUUUUGGUCACGUGAGUGGUGCCCACAUUAACCCAGCUGUAACCCUUGCUUUUAUGGUGGGUUCUCAGAUUUCCUUCCUGCGGGCAGUGUUUUAUGUUGGGGCUCAGCUGCUGGGAGCUGUUUCUGGAGCAGCCAUACUUCAAGACCUUACUCCCUUGGAAGCUAGAGGAAACCUAUCAAUAAAUGGGUUAUUUAACAACACUGAUGCGGGGAAGGCUGUUGUCAUUGAGCUGGUACUAACUCUUCAGUUGGUUCUGUGUGUAUUCGCCUCCACCGAUGAUCGAAGGACAGAUAAUGUGGGAUCUCCAGCUCUGUCUAUCGGCUUUUCUGUGGCGUUUGGACACCUUCUUGGAAUUAAUUACACCGGCUGUUCCAUGAAUCCAGCAAGAUCUUUUGCACCCGCAGUUAUAACAGGAAACUUUUCUGCUCAUUGGGUGUUCUGGUUAGGACCGAUGCUUGGUGCGGUCAUAGGAUCUCUAAUCUAUCACUAUGUCCUCAUCCCAAACACCAAUACCAUUUCAGAGAAGCUGGCAAUCCUGCGAGGAGAGUUUGAACUUGAAGAAGACUGGGAAGAGAGGGACAUACGGAGAAGACAGUCUGUAGAGUUACACUGACCACAGACAAUGCCAAGGACUGGGAUGACAGACAAAGUCUGAUCAGGAUGAGAAGAAUGUUCAACUGCAUUUACAA